AUGAAGAAACAAAAGGACCAAAACCCAUCAUUAUCUUCUUCAUCACCAUCUCUAGUAGCAAAGCUUCUCAAUGCCCAAUACCACAGUUUCCUCAAUCUCCUUUCAUAUUCCCUUAUUCUCUGCUGUGGCAUAAUCAUCGGUAUCCUUCUCCAUUCCUCUCUACAAGACUUUUCUUCCACAUCUUCACUCAGUAUACAAAGCAUCUCUCAGCUCUUUCUUGUCUCCUCUCCUUCUCCUCCUCCUCCUUCUCCUCCUCCUCCUCCUCCCCCUCCUCCUCCUCCUUCUAAGCCCGAGCACGACGGGCUCAAACGGUUUCUGAGGCCACCGGAGAACAUUAUGCACGACAUGGAAGACGAAGAGCUUUUCUGGAGAGCUUCGAUGGCUCCCAAGAUCACGAAUUACCCUUUCCCUCGAACACCAAAGGUCGCUUUCAUGUUCUUGACAAAGGGUCAUUUACCUCUGGCUCCUUUAUGGGAGAGAUUCUUUCGUGGGCAUGAAGGUCUUUUCUCUAUAUACGUUCAUUCAUAUCCUUCUUACAACCAGUCUGAUCCCGAAGGCUCCGUCUUCCAUGGCCGGCAGAUUCCAAGCAAGAGAGUGGAUUGGGGAUAUGUGAAUAUGGUGGAAGCAGAACAAAGAUUACUAGCAAAUGCAUUAUUAGACAUAUCAAACGAACGGUUCCUACUUCUCUCCGAAUCAUGCAUCCCUCUCUUCAACUUCACCACCGUUUACUCUUACCUCACUAACUCAACUCAAACUCACGUCGAGUCCUACGACCAACCAGGCGGCGUUGGACGUGGCCGAUACAGCCCUGAAAUGAGGCCACGUGUUCAGCUACGUCACUGGCGCAAAGGCUCCCAAUGGUUCGAGCUAAACCGUGCACUGGCUCUCGAGAUCAUAUCGGACAAAACCUAUUGGCCUCUCUUCUACCGUUAUUGCCACCACGGUUGCUACGCAGACGAGCACUACAUCCCUACGCUGCUCAACAUCAAUCCGAGUCUCGGUAGCCGCAACACGAACCGGACUCUCACGUGGGUCGAUUGGUCGAAAGGUGGGCCUCACCCGAACCGGUUUAUUAGAUACGAGGUGACAAAAGAGUUCUUGGAGAAGCUGAGAGGUGGUGGUGAUGAGAAUAGGAAGUGUUUUUACAAUGCAGAGAAGACGAAUAAUUGUUAUUUAUUUGCUCGCAAGUUCUUGCCCACUGCUCUUGGCAGGUUGCUUAGGCUUGCACCUUCUGUUUUAUAUUUCUGAUCAUUCAUUCUUCCUUCACAUAUUUUUUUUUUCAACC